AUGGCGAUCGAGAACACACUUAAUAUCGCAGUCCUUAACUGCGGCUACACAUGCCAGAGCAUUCAAGAAGCCCGAGGGCAGUACCAUGAUCUGUUUGGUGCAAUACUGCAGCCAGCAGCAGGGCGAGCAAGCCGGAAGGCAACUGGUAGCCAACGAGUGAAGCUUGAAAUCACGGGAUGGGAUACCGUUAACCAAGUGUACCCACCAUCGCUGGAAAGCAUCGAUGGCAUUAUCAUAUCUGGUUCACCGAAUAGCGCCUAUGAAGAAUUGGAAUGGAUACAAACAUUGAAUCGCUUUGUUGCAGAGGUGUAUCACAAUUACCCCGCCAUUAAAAUAUACGGCUCAUGUUUUGGCCACCAGGUUGUGUGCCACGCACUAUUCACCAGCGAGGGCGCCGUUGUGAGGAAGGAUCCGGCUGGUUGGGAGCUUGGAGUGCAUAGCGUCCAGCUCACAGACUAUUUCGUCUCCAGGUUCCCGAAUCUGCUUGAUGACAACAAUUUGUUGCUUCAAUACUUACAUGCUGAUUCUGUCUUCUUUGGGGAGAAACUCCCAGAGGAUGUCCAUGUCAUUGGCACCACUCCCCAAUGCAAGAACCAGGGCGUAUAUCAACAAGGGAGGCUUCUAACAUUGCAGGGACAUCCUGAAUUUGACCAAUUCAUUGAAGAAGAGUGCCUGAAGUUGGUAGGAAAGCGUGUCGGGUGGCAGGAAACCUUCCUAGAGGAUGCACUUGUAGCCGCACGGGUCGAAGAUGAUGCCUCGAUAGCUGCUGAUAUUAUUGUUCAGUUCUUUGUGGAAGGGUAA